AUGCUUUAUGAGUUUCACACCAAACAGACAUUGAAGACACCUAGAUCCGUUCACGCAACCUACCUUCUUACCGGGAAGAAGCGAUCGUCUGAGCAUAGCAAUGGCGUCGGUCCGCAUGAUGGAGAUGAUACUGUUAUGCGCAGCUCGCCCUUCAUGAGCUCGCUGCCUGAGCCAAAAAACACACCCGAGAGGCUGGUGACCAAGACUUCAAUCGUCUUGGUGAGGGAGGAGGAACUGCAGAAGACCAAGGCCGAGUUUGAGGAGAUUACCUCGAUUCACAUUUACAGUCUGGAGCCGGGGCCUAUAGAGAACCUGAACCUACUCGCUGUCUGCAAUCAGGAGGUAGCUACUAAUUACGCAAGCGGAGACCCUCUCGAACACUGGAGGGUCUACGGGUCUAUCCAAAACCCAUACAUCAAGCGGAGAACUACAAAGUAUAACCCUGCUAUAGCUAAAUCCGCACCCAAAGUUACCGCCAAGCCCACAGCUGCUGCACACGUAGCGAAAGAGGAAAAGAAAGAAGCACCAUCCGCUGCAGCCCGUACAGAAAGCACCUCAGAGGAUAGCAAAUCGGGUCCAUCAACACCCCAACCUGGCCCUAAGGCGUCAUUGAAGAGGUCAGACUCGAAGACCAAAGCAAAGAAGGACACUUCUGCUGGAGAUUUGUUCAAGUCGUUCGCAAAGACUAAACCCAAAGCAAAGGAGGCGGAGGAAUCAAAAGAUGAAGAUGAAGCUAUGCAAGGCAUGUCUGAAGACGAAGGGGACGCAGAUGACGAGCCUACCAUCAAAUUUGACGAGGAGAAGGCGACAGCAGCACGGAAGGCUCGCGAAGAACGGGAGCAGAAGCUCAAAGAGAUGAUGGAGGCCGAUGUUGACAUGCCCGACGCACCGGCAGAUGAGGAGAAAGACUCUCAAGAUGCUCCGAUAGACAAAGAACCCCCCAGCAAGCCGGCUGAGAGUGAAGCGGCUGUCACUGUUCAAGGCGGACGGAGACGCGGGAGGCGACGUGUUAUGAAGAAGAAGAAAGUCAAGGAUGAGGACGGCUAUCUCGUUACGAAGGAGGAAGCCGUAUGGGAAUCAUUUUCGGAAGACGAACCAGAGCCCAAGAAAGUGAAACCUACGCCCAAGACUACGGCAACAAAGGGCAAGAAGACUGGCGGCAAAAGUCAGGGGAGCAUCGCGAGCUUUUUCAAAAAGGCUUGA